GUAAUUUUAUAUGAAACUUGGGCUUGAGUUAGGCCCCAUUUUAUGAACAAAACACCUAAAUUCCUUUGUUAUUUUCAUAACCUUUCAGCUUAUAGGUUAUAUUGCUUCUGUAGCUACUAGUUUCAUUAUCCUCAAAAUGCUGAUGUUAUUUAUGUAAGUAAUUACUUAGUUGUAAUGUUGCUGACCCGAGUUGAUCACUCGAGUCUAACUGAAGAUGUGUUGAAUGCGUUGAAGAAAAAAGGCAUUUACUCAGUACUCGACUUACUUAGAGCCGAGAACGGGCUUAUAGAGAAGCAUACCUCACUCACAUAUGUGGAAAUAAUCGAACUGAAGAAGCAUUUGGCCAAGUCUUACUCAGCAGCGCCUAUAAAAGCCUUCACUUACUACCAAACAGUGUUGGCUCAUUCCGCUUUGAUUCCAACAGGGAUUAGCGAAUUAGACGAACUGCUACAAGGUGGCCUUUUCACUGGAACGAUUUACGAAUUUUGCGGCUCCGCUGAUGCGGGCAAGCUCCAAUUUACCCUGACGAUUCUGGCUAAUAUUGUGCGCAGUGAUAGCAAAAUUUACUUCGUGGAUACCAAGGGGGACUUUAGCGCAAAACGCCUUAAGACCAAGCUGGAAAGGAAAAGCCCCCAGCAAGACUGCUUAGGUUUAUUAUCCAAUAUUAUCGUAAAACAAAUCGAGGAUAAAUUCCAACUGAUAACAGCCCUAUUCGAAGUGAAACGAGACCUAGAAGCAGGCCCGGAAGCGAAAGUGAUCUUCAUCGACUCACUCUCAACAUUGUUCUUCAGCUCAAACGACCAUGCUGAGAACAAUAACAUUUUGAACCACUUAGCGAACAUCCUCAGAUACUUGGCGGUUGAAAAGAAUAUGAUUAUUAUCGUAACAAACCUGAUUACUACCUGGGUUGGGGCAGGUUUCGAAAAUUGCGAGGAAACUGUGGAAAAAGUCGCUUGCGGAGAAUACUGGAGAAGAGUGCCGAAUGUGCGAGUUAAAAUAGAAAAACUGUCCAAUGCAGACAGCCUCCAACUCAGCUUAUCCAAGCACUUUAAUGUCGUUUUGAAUGAUCAAUGUACUGUGCCUCUUUCCAUCUUUAAUAGUUGAAGAGGAGCGAAGAUGUAUAUAUGGAACGUUUAUGAAUAGAAUUUGUUGAGACUGUUAAAGCACCAACAUCUUGCAUAAAAUUGUGGUUGAAAACGA